GUCAGCGACUCUUUUUACAUUCUAGAAUGCUACAAAUUUUCGCCUACUGUGGUCUUUCCCUUGUUUCACCUUUAUUCUGGUAUUGUUGUUGCAUUUGACGAUUUCUAAGUAACCUGUACGUUGCCGUUUUGUGCUUCUACGCAGCUAAGAACUGCUCGUAGUUCACUAAUAAGUUGUGCGAUCUAGUAUUAGUAUGAGAACUUUGUCGUCGUGUCAAACAUUCCUUCAAAAUGCAAGCUCUUUACGACGCUUCUAGCCGGGUUCAUGGCGUACUGGAGAGCCUAAUGGCUUUCGCUUGUGGCCGCAACCGUGCGGUAGUUAAGGCUGAUGAUACUACAGACAG